GCCGUAUCUGUGCGGUCAUGUGAUCCCGGAAGUGGUCUCUGCACAGUCGGCAACAGCUGGUCCAACACCGAUGAGCCGGGUGAGGAGGAGAGCGGCCCGGGGAGACUCCGGCCUUUAUAAAGGAUCUCCUUUCCUGUUUGGGGAGAAGUUCAGGCUGAUGUGUACAUCUGUUUGAGGACUUGCAGACAUGGACUUCCCUGGGUCCCCACGCAGGGCAUCCCCUCGUCUUAGAUUCUUUGCUCAGUAUACACACCAUCACUUGGCGGUUUUCCUCCUAACAUUUUUCAGUUACUCGCUGCUCCAUGCCUCCAGAAAAGCAUUCAGCAAUGUGAAAGUCAGUAUAAACAACCAGUGGACUCCACCCAGCCUAAACACCUCUAUAACCAUCUUGGACCCAAACUCGACUUGGAAUGGCAGUCACCUCUUCCCCAAUUCUAAUUCUGCGACCAUCUUCCUGGGCCUCCUGGACACCAUUUUUCUCUUUUCCUAUGCAGUGGGUCUGUUUGUCAGCGGGAUUAUAGGCGACCGUUUAAACAUGCGUUAUGUACUCACUUUUGGCAUGUGUUCAUCGGCUGUAACUAUGUUUGUGUUCGGCACGCUCACAGAGUGGCUUCACUUCUAUAACAAGGUCUUCUACUGCUUAAUCUGGGUGCUAAAUGGUCUGCUUCAGUCCACAGGCUGGCCCUGUGUGGUCGCUGUUAUGGGGAACUGGUUUGGAAAAUCUGGACGUGGCCUUGUAUUUGGUCUCUGGAGUGCCUGCGCAUCUGUUGGGAAUAUUUUGGGGGCUUUCCUUGCAUCAUCUGUUCUAAAAUAUGGCUAUGAGUAUGCAUUCCUCGUAACGGCAUGUGUGCAGUUUGCUGGUGGUGUGAUCAUUUUCUUUGGCCUGGUGACCUCUCCAAAGGAGCUAGGUCUACCAGAUGCCGGGGAACAGGAGGGUGAGAGCAGAGACCAGGAGGAAGAGGCAAAUCGACCACUUAUCAGUGAGGAUAAUGAGGUGGACAGUGAUGCCAGUUAUUCUAUCCAGGCUCCAGAUACUGCCAGUACACCUAAAGCCAUCAGCUUUAUGCAAGCCUGGUGCUUACCGGGAGUGAUGCUGUAUUCUCUGGCCUACGCCUGUCUGAAGCUGGUGAAUUACUCUUUCUUCUUUUGGCUUCCCUUCUAUCUGAGCAUAAACUUCCACUGGAAAGAGGCAGAGGCAGACCAGCUGUCUAUCUGGUAUGACAUUGGAGGAAUUAUAGGAGGAACAGUCCAGGGCGUUAUUUCGGACAUCAUGCAAAAAAGAUCACCUGUCUUGGCUAUUAGUCUGGUGUGUGCAGUGGGAUCCCUAUUUGGAUACAGCCGCUCCCCAAAUAACAAGCCCUUGAAUGCUUUUUUAAUGGCAAUCACUGGCUUUUUCAUUGGUGGUCCCUCAAACAUGAUCAGCUCAGCGAUCUCUGCAGACCUGGGCCGACAGGAGAUGGUGAGAGGCAGCAGUGAGGCCCUAGCCACAGUAACUGGCAUUGUAGAUGGAACUGGAAGCAUGGGAGCUGCUGUGGGCCAAGUUUUGGUGUCGGUGAUCCAAGGAGGACUGGGCUGGAUGUGGGUCUUUUAUUUCUUCAUUCUCAUGACUUUACUUACCCUCUUAUUCAUCAUUCCACUCCUGGUGCGGGAGCUGAGACCAGCCUGGAGGAACCGACGCAAUUCCCGACUGGCAGGGUGACAAUUACAUCCACUGACACCUGUUCACAUCCACAUGAGACAAUCAGAACUUGCUUUGGGAGUCAAGUAAAGACCGGGGAUAAGGAGGACAAGAGUUUGUUGUGGAUUACGUCUGUCAGUUUUAGUAAUCUAUAUUUUUGUAAAAUGUGUUGCUUUACAGACAUGCUACAACAAUCUGCGAUUGCUUUUAGCUGUUAUUUCUCACACUGGAUUUGAAGUGUUGUGGGGAAAAAAAACCUUUGUUAUCAAAAACAAAAAGAAGAAAAUUCCAGGUUUGACCUCUUAAAAUGCCCUGCAAUCCACAUCCUUUUCUGUGCUUUGUUUUUGUACUCAUGUUCGUACUGUGAUGUCACACUCACCGUACAGACGGCACCUGGCAAUGUAAGCCAAAAAAAAGGGGAUUUAAAGCGAGAGACACUACAAGCAGCACUUUAUCAUCCGUUAUUUGUUAAAUAUUCUUUCACUUGAACAGAUUUGGUACUAUGAUGACUCGCUGUGCCUAGAAGACUUACAUUUAUUCAGAUGCAAAGCUAACUUUUUUUAAAAACUUGCCUAUUAUAAGACUUAUUUUUACCCACAACCCCCUGCCCGCUUUUAAUCUUCAAGAGCCAUUUGCCAUGGGGUGGUUGCCUACCUCCUAUAUUCAUUUUUGUAUCUCUGACAAAGCUGCUCUUCGAAUGGAUGGGAUCUGUUUAAAUGGAUUCUCUUUCAUGCUUUUUCUGCUUUUGGACUGCCUCUGCAAGGCCAGUGCAAAGACAUCUCAUCACACUGAUAUUUAGGAUCCUGAUUGAAGUUUUGGAUAGUGCCAUGUAUCGAUGUAUGGAUCUGUUUUUACGCUGCCAGGUAGCAGACUGUGUUCAGCGGCUCUGUAGUUUAUUUCUGAACAAUGAAAAGGGAAUUUUUUGAACAGGUCUGUUGUGUUAAGGUUCUUGGAUGCUAUUAUUUUAUUUGUAUUUUUUAUCAUUGUCAACUGUUAAAGCUGGACUCCAGGCAAAUAUACAGAUGUCCUACUGGAUAAAGCAGACCACAUAUA